AUGGCUGAACGCUCUGAACCAGAAACCAAAUGUUACGUCUCAGAAAUCAUGCAAUACUCGUGCGAUUUAGCGAUGUCGCAAGGAGGGAAGCCAUUGAUUCGCUGUUUUCCCAUCUCCCGGCUCUUUAGGAUAUGUCAAGGAAUUCCCGCUGUGGAGAUUACUCGAGUGGCUGAUGUUGAUGAUAAAGGCAUGGUGCGGAUUCCUCAGGAUGUAAGUGCCGCUCUUCCUACAGGAAAGCCCUGGCGGGAAGUUACGCGGUACGUUGAUCCAAGUGUGCUCGAUUCUAAACUCGAGUCGAACUCCCGAGCAUGA